AUGAACACACAAAAUCAACAACACGACAACAACAACCCUAACACGAUGACCAACAACAAUGAGCAUCCACUGCUCUGUGCAGACUACAUUUACCAUAUACUCAAAUAUUUGGAUGCCAAAUUUAUUUUUGGAGUUUGUGUGAGAGUGGCAAAGGAAUGGAAUGAAGUUGCUACACUCUGCUCUCAACUCCCUUUGAGCCUCUCUGAGCGCAUUACACCCGAUAACCUCCAGUCGGUGGUUCAAUCCAUAAUACCAAACAAUAAUUUGCGCCACCUAAAGAGAUUACAUUUGGAGGGUGAACAGAACGUUCGGAUUACCCUUGAACAGUUGACAGCCAUCACCAACAGUUAUCAACAUUUAACUUCACUAACCAUAACUAAAAGUUACAUCAUCCCCCAAGGUGCCAAAUGUAUAGCCAACUGUAAAGCCUUGAACAAUUUAACUUAUUUAGAUUUGAGUGACAACGUGAUUGCAGAUGACGGCGUAGAAUUUAUUGUCUCAAGCCCUCAUUUGAAGCUUUUACGUCAUCUAAAUGUGAGCAGCAACUACAUUAAGUCAAAGGGUUGUCAAGCGAUUACCGAAAGUGAACAUUUGAAAAGCUUGGAACAUUUAGAUCUAGCUAAUAACUUUGAUAGUGAGCAGGGAGAUGAAUGCGCAAAAAUCUUAGCCUCAGUUAAAACCUCGUGUAAUUUAAAAAGACUCAAUUUGAAUAGCAAUAGCAUUGGAGCCAAAGGUACCGAGCACAUUGCCAAGAGUGACAAGUUGACCAUUAAUUUAACUAAUUUAGAUUUGAGUGAGAAUUUGAUUGAAGACAAGGGAGUCCAACACCUUGCUGGGAGCAACAAUUUGAAAGGUUUACGUUCACUCAAUGUGAGAGGCAACUGUAUUUCCAAUGUAGGCGUAGAAUCGAUUGCUAAGAGUGUUCAUCUCAACGAAUUGGUCGAUUUAAAUUUGAGUGACAAUUCAGACAUUGACAAUGAUGCAGCUAUCUGUAUAUUAUACAGUCGAACACUGUGUCGCUUAAGGCAACUGAACUUCACUAGUACUGGAGUGACUGAGGAAAUGCAGGUUAUAUUCUUCAAGAUUUUGCAAACAAGAAAAAGAACUCGCGUAAAGAUUGAAUAA